CUGCGUUUCAACUUUUCGGUCAUGGUCACGUCGAUGGGGAUGGAUUGAAGCCAAAGUUGUCCUGCAAUUCUUGUUGCACUGCUGUCCAUGCUCCCGGAAAACCCGGCCCGACACACGGUGCGAGCAUGCAUUCCAGUGUCGCUCGCCAUGAGCAUCACAUUGGAUGUGGCCGCUCGAGUCUUUGAGCGUUUUGGCGAGGUCCUUGAGCUCGAUCUGCAGAGCUGUCAGUUGGGCGAAGUCUAUGUGACCUUCAGUGACGCCGCCGCUGCCAAGGAGCUGGUGAAGCACGCCCAGGAGAUUGUGAAGGAACUGGCUUCAAGUUGUUCGACCUCGGAUCUCGCAAGGCGCCAAAGCCACGGGGACACACAACGGCCGUUUUUUGCGAGUCCUUCGAGGUCAGAGCUGAUGGCAGUUGAAGUGCUGGAUUAUAUCUCCCUGUUGGCACCGACUCCUGAUGAGUUGCCAGCUCCCUUCUCUGCCACCCAGGGCCUCCACAAGGAGUUCUUGGAGACGAUGCACUUCAGACCAGAACGAGUGGCAAAUGGAGAAGACCCAAGGACUUCGGUCGUUGUGAGUGGGCUGCCUCGAACAUGCAGCUCCGAGCAAUUCCUGCAAGCAAUGAAAACACAUCAGCUCAAUACCAAAUUGAGGCGCGCAGUGUGGUGCCUGAAACUGGGACUUGGAUCAUUUGUAAACAUGACUUACAAUAUGUGUAAAAAAUCUGUAUAUAUAUAA